CGCAGCAGCAAUGACUACUACAGCAGCAGCAGCAACUACUGCAGCAGGAACUACUGCAGCAGGAACUACAGCAGCAGCCCCACUGAUGCCCAACACCACAGUGGAAGCUCUUGGGACACCUCUUUCUAGGACAGGAUGUGGGACCCAACAGCUCUGUGCAUCCGAGCCUUCCACUUGUGAUCCUUCCUCAACAAACUGUUUCUUUCUUGCCGCCAAGCAAACCAGUGGUCAAAACUUUGAGUUUGGGCUUGCAGGACAGUCAACCGGCUACGUGGCUGCCACCCUGUCAACUGAUGCCACAUUGGGGGGUAACGACACAACCUACGUCUGUGCAAACAACAACGGCACCGUUAAAUUCUUUGGUGCGUUCCUCGACAAUGGCAGGCUGACUACGACAGAGUUGCCCGUGAACAAUGUAAAGGGCAGCGUGAAUGGAAGCACAAUCCAGUGUACAUUUGCAGCCACUGUACCAAACUCAACCGCCAGAACAACCAAUUUCGUACUCGGAAUCUCCACAGGACCUUUCGACGCCACUUCAAACACUCUGGGAAACACCACCACCAGAUUACAGAGUACUGCUGUAAACCUGGCGAAUGCUUCCGCCACCGUCACCAAUACGCUUAACGCCAACCCCACUGCUGCCCCCAAUACCACCAGCCACGCCAUUACACUUCAGCAAUCUCUGAUGCAAGCUCUGCUGAUCACUGGAGCCAUGCUGGGUCUGGUCAUGCACUGAGGAAAACUGAAAGCCCCCAUGACUCAAGAGUGACUCCCUAUUGAUACACACAUGCAACUGAAAACAUACAUCUCACAGGAGGUUUAUUAUACACAGUGCAUCCCAAAUUUUUAGGGUCAUGCUUCAAUUUGUAUCAACUUACCGCAGGUGAAUGUAGGAGUGGUGGAGGGUGGUCACUCUUCUACAGCCUUCUGACUGCUUUCACGUCCGUGAAGGCUCUAAAAAAAAUUAAUUUAGAGGAGUUUUUAAUUUAAUGUGUAUUCUAAUUUGUUUGUUGUUUUUUUGUAACCAUAGGACUGCUGGAUUUCUGUCCUAUAAGAUACUUAAUUGCAGGCUGAUACACUAACUCUCUGCCCCAGGUGAAAAUCAAUCUUUGAAUGGUUAGAAUGGGGUACAAAUGAGAGGCAAUUUGGACCACCAAGAGUACUCAAACAUCAAACCAUAACCAAAUGAACGACUAUCUGACUUUGACCAGUAGAUGUCAUGCUUAAUACAAAUUUGGGGUUUGUCAUUUGGUCAUCUUUUAAGCCCACAUUACCACUGUCAGGCAAAAAUCUCAUGACUUGGUGAUUAAACAGAAGGAAUCCACAACACUGGAGCCAUCAAAUUAUUCAAGUGUUAUCAGUAUUGGUAAAACAGUACAUAAAAGUCAAAACUUUUUGCUGACUAACUAAUGAAGAACUUUAUAUUAACCAUGACAUUCUUUAGUUUACCCUCAGAAGAGGCAGACGAGCCCUAAUGAAGGACCGCAAUUGUUUUUGCUUUGUGUGUGUCACUACACAUCUACAUUACUAUGAUAUGUUUCUGGUGACACACACAAGACAAGCAGAGGGCCAAUGUUUUCCCCUCCCUUCUGCCACUCAUAAUGACACCAGCAAAUGGAAAACAUGUGUGUUUGCAUUAUAUUAUCGUUACAAUGUUCUCUUUUGUGUGAAUGUAUAUAUUGAUGAUACAGCAUACUUUUACAAUGAAGCCUUGUGUGGCUGAUAUUUUCAUUUGUGUAUGUGCAAGUACACAUGCAAAUGAGCAAUUGCUCAUAACGAAUGCUACUGUAUAAAUGAUACCUAAUAUUGGUGAAACAGAUUUUGCACUUUGCGUUAUGUAACAAUUGAGUUUUUACUGUGUAUUUUUGAAAUAAAUAUUUUACCAAACUGA